AUGCUGCAAAGAACAAUGCUCCGCGCCUCAAGGCAACGCAUCGCCGCCUUUGCGCCCCUCAGACAACCACUCGUGACCGCCCGAGUAGCCACCACACCCGCCCUCCGAUGGUAUUCCGACGCCCCGGCAGCCAAGGAAGGCGAGGCAGCUGAGAAGAAGGACGACGCCGCUGCUACACCCGCAAACGACGAGGCUUCAAAAUUGAAGACCGAGAUGGAGAAGAAGGACAAGGAAAUCGUCGAGUUGAAGGACAAAUACCUCCGCUCCGUCGCCGACUUCCGCAACCUGCAAGAGCGCACAAAGCGCGAAACACAAGCCGCAAAGGACUUUGCCAUCCAGCGCUUCGCCCGCGACCUCGUCGAGAGCGUCGACAACCUCGACCGCGCGCUGGGCACCGUGCCCGCGGACAAGCUCAAGCCGGAGGACGGAAACGCCGAUUUGAUCGCGCUGCAUGAUGGCAUCAAGAUGACGGAUAGCAUCCUGAUCAGCACGCUGAAGAAACACGGCCUCGAGCGCUUCGACCCCAGUGAUGCGGGUGAGAAGUUCAACCCGAAUGUGCACGAGGCCGUGUUCCAGGCGCCGCAGCCGGACAAGGAGGAUGGAAUUUGCUUCCACACGCAGCAGAAGGGAUUCCUGCUCAACGGGCGGGUGUUGAAGGCCGGCCAAGGUUGGCGUGGUUAAGAACGCUUAAGAAUACUACACAGUAAAUCUCUCUGCUGUGAUUGCAUCUGUACGAAUAUCUGCGGGGAACCUGGGAAUGGCGGGGCAUGAGCCGGCGUUUUGUUCGAAUUUUUGUGGAUCGUGUAUAUAUAUUCACCCUCUCACGCAUCAUGGAAAAAAGUUGCUGCUGGCUGGAUACUGUAAUAGUAGUCAUGACGAAACGGUACAAGGACGAGCAUGUAGAGCCAGAGAGUAGACGUGCAAUACGAAGCCA